UAUUAUUGUAUAUUGUCCCUUCAGGUUUGAAAAGUAUAUUUUUCUUCCAGCUCAAAAUGGAGUUAAUCCUGACUGGGAGAAGAAAGUAAUUGAAUAUUUUAAGGAAAAGCUGAAGGAAAAUAAUGCUCCUAAAUGGGUACCAUCAUUGAAUGAAGUUCCCCUUCAUUAUUUGAAACCUAACAGUUUUGUGAAGUUUCGUUGCAUGAUUCAGGAUAUGUUUGACCCUGAAUUUUACAUGGGAGUUUAUGAAACUGUUAACCGAAACACAAAAGCACGUGUUCUUCAUUUUGGAAAAUAUAGAGAUGUAGCAGAGUGUGGGCCUCAGCAAGAAGUUGAUUUAAACUCUCCACGAACUACCACUUUGGAAAGACAGACUUUCUAUUGUGUUCCAGUGCCUGGAGAAUCUAUGUGGGUAAAAGAAGCCUAUGUUAAUGCAAACCAAGCUCGAGUCAGUCCUUCAACAUCCUACACUCCCAGUCGCCACAAGAGGAGUUAUGAAGAUGAUGAAGAUAUGGACCUACAGCCCAACAAACAGAAAGAUCAACAUGCAGGUGCCAGACAAGCAGGGGGUGUUGGUGGUCUUCAGUGGUGUGGAGAGCCAAAGCGUUUAGAAACUGAAGCUUCUACUGGGCAGCAGCUGAACUCCCUGAACCUCUCUUCUCCCUUUGAUCUGAAUUUUCCACUGCCAGGAGAGAAGGGUCCUGCCUGCCUCGUGAAGGUCUAUGAAGACUGGGAUUGUUUUAAAGUAAAUGAUGUUCUCGAGUUAUAUGGCAUACUGUCUGUGGAUCCUGUGCUAAGUAUACUGAAUAAUGAUGAAAGGGAUGCCUCUUCACUGUUGGAUCCAAUGGAAUGCACGGACACGGCCGAAGAACAGCGGGUGCACAGCCCUCCUGCCUCCCUGGUGCCGAGAAUCCACGUGGUCUUAGCCCAGAAGCUGCAGCACAUCAAUCCGUUACUGCCUGCUUGCCUUAACAAGGAGGAGAGCAAAACCUGUAAGUUUGUUUCCAGUUUCAUGUCUGAAUUGUCUCCAGUCAGAGCAGAACUGCUGGGGUUCCUCACUCAUGCCCUUCUGGGAGACAGUUUGGCUGCUGAAUACCUUAUAUUACAUCUCAUCUCUACAGUAUAUACAAGAAGAGAUGUUCUUCCACUGGGAAAAUUUACUGUUAACUUGAGUGGUUGCCCACGGAAUAGUACCUUCACAGAACACCUGUAUCGAAUUAUUCAACAUCUAGUUCCAGCAUCUUUUCGUCUGCAGAUGACUAUAGAAAACAUGAACCACUUGAAAUUCAUUCCCCACAAAGACUAUACAGCCAAUCGCUUGGUCAGUGGGCUCCUUCAGCUGCCCAGCAAUACUUCUCUCAUCAUUGACGAGACUCUCCUGGAGCAGGGGCAACUCGACACGCCAGGUGUUCAUAAUGUGACUGCCUUGAGCAAUCUGAUAACUUGGCAGAAGGUGGAUUACGACUUCAGCUACCACCAGAUGGAAUUCCCUUGUAAUAUCAACGUUCUCAUUACUUCAGAGGGGAGAUCACUCCUGCCGGCAGACUGCCAGAUCCACUUACAGCCACAGCUGAUUCCUCCCAACAUGGAGGAAUACAUGAACAGCCUCCUCUCAGCGGUGCUGCCUUCUGUGCUGAAUAAAUUCCGCAUUUAUCUGACCCUUUUGAGGUUCCUGGAUUAUAGUAUAUCUGAUGAAAUAACCAAGGCAGUUGAAGAUGACUUCGUGGAAAUGCGCAAGAAUGACCCUCAGAGCAUUACUGCUGACGACCUGCACCAGUUGCUCAUUGUAGCUCGGUUUCUGUCUCUCAGUGCUGGUCAGACAACGCUGUCAAGAGAACGAUGGCUAAGAGCAAAGCAGCUAGAGUCCUUAAGAAGAACCAGACUUCAACAGCAGAAAUGUGUGAAUGGAAAUGAACUUUAAAGAUCUGACACCUAUGAAAGAGUAAUGGGCAGAUUAUAGCCACAUUAUUGUAAAAUUCAAAUAUCAUUUAUACCAUUUUUUUGUAGAUAAUUUGUAUCAAAAACCAAUGACUUUUCCUGAAAUCAAGCCUGGUAACAUCUAAAGUUUAUAUAAUAUUCAGUACGGCCUUUACCUUACUGAUUUUAUGGAGCUUUUGAAGUUUGUUUUAUAAUUAUAUAAAUUAGUAACGAUGUACAAAAAUGUAUUUGAUAUUAAAAGUUUAAUAUUGAUAAUGUUGCUGAUUAUACCAUUUCCUUAGCUUCAGCUAAGUCAUAGGACAGACUGUUGAAACGCUAACAUCAACUUCAUUUGAAGAAAAUUGUUGCAAUUCCAAAGUGAAAGGAAUUGUUCACUUCAGAUUUUUGUAUUUCCAGUGAACAGUGAGUCUGAAUGUGUUUAGUGGUCCAAGUUUGGGGGAUGGAGCAUACUUGCCAUUAACUCACAUGAUGAUGUGAAAUUCUGUAGUAUCAUUUCCCAAACAUCUGACCACAGCUUUUUUCCAUUUAACAGUUGUUAACAACAUGCAAAACAAAACUCUUACAUGGCAGUGGUUCCCACACUUUCGGGUUUCAUGGACCAGUAAUAUUUCCAAAAAUUGUGGGGAUUGACAGGGUUGCCAAUUUAUUUUGCCAAGUAAUCUGAAAAGUCACUGUAUUAUCACCAUUUUUUUUCAUAAAAGGACAAUCUCAGAAUAAGAGAUAGUUCUUUAAAUGGAAUAAAUGUAGCUUUUUGAAAAAAAA